AUGUCCUUCUACCGCAAGUACCAGGGCGGGGCGCCCGUGGGCAGCGUCCUCGAGGAGGUGGAGAAGACGCGGCGCAUGCUGAAGCGCCAGUCCGGGUCCGUGCUCGACCCCAACGGCGACUACAUGGCGCGCUGGGACAUGAUCACGACGUUCUUCCUGCUCUUCACGGCGAUCGUGACGCCCGUCGAGGUGGGCUUCACGCGCCAGCUCGGCGGGAACCCGCGCCAGUGGGCCAUCUGGUGGAUCAACCGCAUCGUGGACCUGGUCUUCAUCAAGGACAUCGGCGUCCAGUUCUUCGUGCCCUACGUCGACGAGACGCGCGGGUCCCUCGUCAUCCGGAGCCGGCGGCUCAUCGCGCGGCACUACCUCCGGGGCUGGUUCUGGAUCGACACGGUCUCCGUGAUCCCCUUCGACCUGCUCGACGGCCUGUCGAAGCUCAAGAUCAUGCGCCUCAUCAAGCUCCUCAAGCUCCUCAAGCUCGGGCGCGUCCUGAAAGCGAACCGGACGCUGGCCCGCUGGGAGUCGUCCAUCGCCAUCUCCUACGCGAAGAUCUCCAUGUACACCUUCGCGCUGGGCAUCGUCUUCGUCGCCCACUGGAUGGCCUGCGGCUGGGCCCUCAUCGACACGAUGAGCGACGCGGAGGCGUGGACGUGGGUCAAGCACCUCGAGCUCGUCAAGGAGUCGCCCAUCGACGGCACGCGGGGCUUCCGGCCCGAGUCCAUGCUCCACCGCUACUGCGCGUCGCUCUACUUCUCCAUCUACACGCUCACGUCCAUCGGCUACGGCGACAUCGCGGCCGUGAAUUUGGGCGAGUUCAUCCUGAGCUCGUUCUUCAUGCUGUUGGGCUCCUUCUUCUGGGCCUACACCAUCGGCUCCUUCUGCGCGACGCUGGCGACCAUGGACAUGUACGAGGUCCAGUGGAAGCAGACCAUGGACGAGAUGAACGCGAUGAUGAAGGACCGCCACUUCCAGCCCGCGCUCCGCCGCAAGGUCCGCAUGUUCGUCAAGAACGCGAAGCACCUCCAGAAGGCGGCCAACUACCGGGGCCUGGAGCAGCAGAUGAGCCUCGCCCUGCGCGGCGUCGCGGCCAAGGCGAACCACCGGGGCUGGCUCGCGCGGACCUGGUACUUCUCGCCGCCGUACGUCGAGACCGUGAACGAGGGCUUCGUCGCGGAGAUGUCCCAGUCGCUCCUCCACCAGCUCUUCGCGCCCCUCGAGGCCUACGAGAUCGCCAAGAGCCUGUGCAUCCUCGAGAGCGGCAUCGUCGCGCGCGACGGCCGGCCCGUGUCCAAGGGCGCGGUCUGGGGCCUGGACUUCGUGCUCCGCGACGACGUCGGCCUGGCCGUGCCGUUGGAGCUCGCGUCCGUGAACAUGGGCAGCUCCCUCACCUACGCGGAGAUCAUGAGCCUCCACCAGGACUCGCUCUACGACAUCCUGGACGGCGGCCACUACCCGGAGGUCGAGGACGCGAUCCGCCUCGCGGUCCUCUUCUACCGCAUGCAGCGCGCCAUGAAGCGCCUCGUCAUGACCGUCAACAAGUCGCGCCUCGAGGGCCGCGCGACGGCCCACGACGAGCUCUUCAAGCUCGCGCGCGAGUCCAUGCAGGCGCCGAGGAAGACGCCGCGCCAGAUGCGCCUCGAGGGCGAGCCGUCGCCCCAGCGCGCGAAGGCGGACCUGGCCCCCCUGAAGGGCGAGAAGAAGAGGCUCGACAACGGCGCGGCGCGCUCGGGGCGCGAGAAGCGCAUCCCGACGCCCGAGCAGGCGCCGCGGGCCCUCGAGCCCGACGACGCGGGCGCGCCCGGCCUCGGCGACCUCGGCGCGGCGAUCCUCGCGCCGCCGCCCGCGGAGCCGGAGCCGGAGGCCGAGCUCAAGGAGGAGGCCGACGUCAAGGCGCCCGCGCGGCUCCCGCCCCUCGGCGGCGCCGGCGCCGGCGACCCCUUCGGCGGCGGGUCGCCCCUGGGCUCGCCCGCGGCCCGCGACGCGCCGCCGGGCUUCGCCGCGACGGGCGCCGCCGUCCUCGAGCCCCUCGCGGCGCGGCCGGAGUCGCCGGCCAAGGCCGCGUCCUUCGACGCGCCGCGGCCCGAGUCCGAGCCCGAGUCGCCGAAUAAGGAGCCGCGGGGCGGCUCCUUCGACCGGGCCAAGAAGCCGCGCACGGCCAAGGUCAACCUCGACGACCUCGCGACGCUCAUCCGCGGCGCCGUCGCGGCGGAGAUGGACGCGCGCCUCGGCGCCGACCGGGGCCCGUCGCCGUCGGCCGUCGCCGCGCACGGCGGCCGCCAGUCGCUCGCGCAGAAGCGCGCGGCCCACGGCCGGCCGACGACGGCGUUCCACCGGCCCACGACCGUGGGCAACGGCCUCCGCGCGAGCCCCUUCGGGGGCGGCAUGGUCGGCCGGCGGUCCGUCGUCGCCGCGCGCGACCUGAGCCCGGGGAGCAAGCAGCGGAACAUGCGGCCGGCGGCGGACGUGUAA